AGUCCCCGGAAGAAUUUAGCAAGCACUACGAUCGUCACAUGACAGCAACUCUCACACUAUGAAUGGUUUAACUUCAAAGUCCAUGUCAGGUUAAGUUUCUCAAAUUUAAGGAGAAGACAUAGCGCCGACACCUGAACAUACACCUAGUUCCAAAUUGCCUUACUUGCAAGAGCCAACUUGGCCGUACAGUGCAGCGCUAAGCUAGCUGGCGGACUUCUUGUCAUUAUCCACGGAGGGACAGCCAAUUUGUGGGAUCUUAUUCACUCUAUAAGAUGUUUCAGAUCAAGAAAAUCUGCUGUAUUGGCGCUGGCUACGUGGGAGGCCCGACAUGCAGUGUGAUAGCCCACAUGUGUCCAGAAAUCAGAGUCACUGUGGUGGAUGUCAACGAGUCCAGAAUAAAGGCCUGGAACUCAGACACGCUGCCAAUCUAUGAGCCAGACCUAAAGGAGGUUGUUGAGUCCUGCAGAGGGAGGAAUCUCUUCUUCUCUACAGAUAUAGACUCAGCAAUUAAAGAUGCAGACCUUGUCUUCAUUUCUGUGAACACCCCGACGAAGACUUAUGGGAUGGGGAAAGGGCGGGCGGCAGACCUGAAGUUUAUCGAGGCGUGUGCUCGGCGCAUUGUGGAGAUGUCGGAGGGCUACAAGAUUGUGACGGAGAAGAGCACCGUGCCAGUCAGGGCUGCAGAGAGCAUCCGCAGGAUCUUUGAUGCCAAUACCAAGCCCAGCCUCAAUCUGCAGGUGCUGUCCAACCCAGAGUUCCUCGCUGAGGGGACGGCAGUGCGGGACCUGAAGCAGCCGGACCGCGUGCUGAUUGGUGGAGACGAGACGCCUGAAGGCCAGCGAGCAAUCCAGGCUCUGAGCGCUGUCUAUCAGCACUGGGUCCCCAAAGAUCGCAUCAUCACCACCAACACCUGGUCCUCCGAGCUCUCCAAACUGGCAGCCAAUGCUUUCCUGGCCCAGCGGAUCAGCAGCAUAAACUCCAUCAGCGCUCUGUGUGAGGCCACGGGGGCUGACGUGGAGGAGGUGGCCCGUGCCAUCGGCAUGGACCAACGCAUCGGCAGCAAGUUCCUCAAGGCCAGCAUCGGUUUUGGUGGGAGCUGCUUCCAGAAGGAUGUGCUGAACCUGGUGUACCUGUGUGAGGCUCUCAACCUCAACGAGGUGGCCUCGUACUGGCAACAGGUCAUCGAUAUGAACGAGUAUCAGCGACGGAGGUUUGCCUGUCGGAUCAUCGACUGCCUCUUCAACACCGUCACUGGCAAGAAGAUCGCGCUGCUGGGCUUCUCCUUCAAGAAGGACACGGGAGACACCCGAGAGUCAUCCAGUAUCUACAUCUCCAAAUACCUGAUGGACGAAGGGGCCAAGCUGUAUAUAUUCGACCCAAAGGUGCUGAAGGAGCAGAUCAUUCAGGACCUGUCCCAGCCCAGAAUCUCCGAGGACAACCCAGAGAGAGUGUCUGAGCUGGUGACGGUGACCAAAGACCCGUACGAAGCGUGUGAAGGGGCACACGCCCUCGUCAUCUGCACUGAGUGGGACAUGUUCAAGGACCUGGACUACGAGAAGAUUUACUUCCAGAUGCUGAAGCCUGCUUUCAUAUUCGACGGAAGACGAGUUUUAGACCACCUCCACCCCAGACUGCAGAGCAUAGGGUUUCAGAUUGAGACCAUCGGCAAGAAGGUGGCCACCGCUCGUAUCCCCUUCACCCCACCGGCAGGGGUACCCCGAAUCAGCCUCAAAGAGCCCCCGUCCAAGAAGGCCAAAGUCUGAAAGCACCCCGCCUCACCAUGGCUACAUCUGACUUCCCCACACUUCAGAUUCAAAUAUUUACUGAUUCCAGCUCUUCUGCCAAUGUUUUGUUGCACACUACAUUCUAGCCCUUUGCACACAUCCUGCCCUGUCCAAUUCACUGGUCAUUCAGUGUGCCCCCUAGUGCCCAGCACUCUCUAUUGCCUGAACUGUACUCUGAUCAAUGUUUUAGCCCAAUAUUGUCCUCUGUGGAUCAUGCAUUCAUUCAUUUUUACGGUUGUUUUUCUUUUUAAUUCAGCAGUUGAUGAUCCGGUACUUGAACCAUGCAGUAUUGAUCUGGUUACUCCUGGUUUUGUUUUCAAUCAUGUCAGUGAUUUUGCUUCAUUCCAUUUGAUAUCAUACCUGCUAGUAUGAGGCAGGAACCUGCUGAACUUGUACAUUUUUUUUAUCAACAGAAAAGAUUUUUUAGAAAUGUCCUCUUCCUGUUGUACAGGAUUGUCAACUUUGCUAAAAAAAAAAAAUAAUAAUAAAAAAACUCAAUGCCACUGAAGCAGCAGUUUCAAUUGAGAAGUAAAUAAAAAGGACCAAUGCACUUGA